GCGCAGAAGCUGUGCCACAAGAAUACGACGAGAUCCUCCUCCACCUGCUGCCCUGCUGAGCCCCCCUUCACUCUCCUCUUCUUGUAGCGCGACGGUGAGCGUCUCUCAGUUAGGUCGCGGAGCAGCCUCGGCGGCGGCGGAGUCCGAGGACGAGGACAAGAUGGUGGUGCUGGUGGUGGCCACCACGUCGGACCCGGCAUCCAUCGGCCCCGCCGCUGCCUUCCUCGCCAUGCCCGGAUGGUCACCCGGCCCGCCCAUCGCUGAGGGGAUGGAGAGCUUUACUAAUGGGAAUGUUCGGUUAUUGAAGCAUGAACGCAGCAUCAUUGCAGAGGAUGAUCUUGACCAGCGAUGGCUGGAAGCCACUGGAGAGCCUGUCUCUGAGGUCAUAUUCCUCAGCAAGCACACUGCGGUCUCCAACCGUCCAGCACUCACAGUGCAUCCAAUUGGUGUGCCACAUCUGAGGGAGGAUGAAACCCCACCCCAAGGAGGGACUCCUGGAUGGGCAGCAAUACCAAAUCCUCGAAUCGGCCCCUGGCUCCGGUUGAUGCAAAAGAUUGCUGCAGAACAAGGUCUUGUUCCAGAGUUUGAGAUUACGCUUGAGGCUACUCACCAUGGACCAGUUACCAGCACACCCACCAUGUUUGUCGAGAUAGGAAGUACGGAAGAAUACUGGGGCAGACAAGAUGCUGCACAGGCAAUUGCUCUGGUUCUAUGGAAAGGUCUUGGUCUGGAGGACGGAAAUGAUGUUGGAAGUUGGCAGGGGAAUGGUGAAAAGGUUCUACUAGGUAUAGGAGGUGGUCACUAUGCUCCUCGUCACAUGGAUAUUGUCAUCAAAGAUGGCGUAUGGGUGGGUCAUUUACUCUCUGGUUACUCCUUGCCGAUGGACACGCCAUCCCAAGUAAAUGGAAAGACUUCUCAAGAGGUUGCUGGUAUGUGGAAGCACUCCAUCAAAGUUUCCUAUGAAGCCACAAAGGCAGCAUUUCCUGGUGGUGAAGUUAUCGCACAUCUUGAUCACAAGAGCUUCAAGGGCUGGCAAAAGAAUGCUGUUACAAGCUACUUGCAGGAGGAGAACAUUAGGAUAGGAAAGCCUAGUGAUUUCUUCUGAUAUGCUGCAACAGUGCUGUACACAAAUUUUUGGCGCGUAUCAUGUCGGUUUGCGAGUGCUUUGAGCUAUACUCACCACUCCACACAAACCGAGUACAUAUGGAACAGCAGACUUUAAAUAAUACCAUUUCCAAUGCGAUUCCAA